AUGGCCACUGAGGGGUGGCCAGAGGUGGCCAAAGGUUGGUGGGUGAGUUCUCCCGGGAUUCCCAUCGUCGGGAUUGUCGGGGAGCGGGUCGUGCUGCCCUGCCAGCUGAGCCAGGACCCCAUUCCCGAGGUUUUCUCCGUCCGCUGGAUAUUCCACGAUGAUUCCCGAAGGAUCCUCGUGGGCAGUUUCGAUGGGAAGAGCCUGGAGGAGGGGGACGGGAGGUUCCAGGGCCGGGUGGAAUUUUUCCCCUGGGAAUUCCGGGCCGGGAAUGUGUCCCUGGGACUGAGGAAUGUCAGGAUCUCCGACCAAGGGUCCUACACGUGCCACGUGUCAUUCCAGGACAUGUCCCAGGAGGUGUCGGUGGAGCUGGAAGUGGCAGCCAUCGGCGACAUUCCCACCAUUGUCCUGAACUCCCGGAAAAGCGACUUCGGUCUCUCCUGCCGAACCUCGGGCUGGUUCCCAAAUCCCGAAAUUCUUUGGCUGGACAGCCAAGGAAAGAUCCGGAAGGAAUCUUCCAGCCCCAGGAUGACGCUGGAGCCAUUGGGACUGUUCCGCAUCGACGCUUCUAUGACCCUCCCGCCCGGAUCCGACCUGGAGGUUUCCUGCAGGAUCGUUAACCCCCGGCUCAAUGUCACCAGGGAAUCCCGGAUCCGCAUUUCAGGGAGCCGCAAGGAAAAUGCCAGUGCAGUGAAAGUGAAGCUGGAAAGGGAAGAAGAAAAAAAGAAGGUGAAGUCAGUGUUGGCCAAGAUCCACUUCAAGAAACGCUUUGUUCCCGUGGCCUGGAAUGCCCUGGAGCGGAUCCUGGAGCUCCCAAGCGGGGAGAGCGGAGUGUCUGCACCCACAUUCCCGGUGCAUGUGGGCCAGGAAGGCUUUAGAAGUGGGAAGUGCUACUGGGAGCUGGAGCUGGGCGAGGAGCAGGACUGGGUCCUGGGAGUGCUGUGGGAAAACGCGGGAUGCGGGGCCAGGCCCAUUCCCGGGCGGGAUUCCUGGGCUCUGCGUAGAUCCCAGGGAGAGCUCUUCUCCAGCAGCGGACCCCGCGGGCUCGGGAAGCUCCGUGGGAAUGGCUCCACCCUUGGUGUCUUCCUGGACCUCGAUUGGGAGCGCCUGGAAUUCUACAACGUGGAGACCACAGAGCUCCUGGAGAGGCUGGAUCUGAGCACUGGGGGGGAUCCACAGGGAAUGUUCUUCCCAUUUGUGUCCCAGGGAGAAGGGAUCAGGAUCCGCCCGGUGCCAAUCCCGCUCCCGCUGAAGGGACUUUGA